UCACAUCAUCGGAACAAAACCCAGGUGUCUCAGGGCAUUACAAAGAGAACAACAAACCUACUGUGAACUUACCUUUCAAAGUCUUUGUUAUGUGAACUGGUGAGGCCAUGAUAAAGGUUACUUCAAAUGUUGCAUGUGCCCAUUUUGGCUCUACAAAUGUGAAUGUCCAGAAUGUGGAGAGUGGCAGUAAUGCACAGUUUGCAGACCGGACAAAUUCUGGCAGACUACGCUCUCGAUCUCUUUGCAGCUCUGACGAAGCAAAACACUCAACGGGAGAGGCUGACAAGGACAGAAGCCACAUUAGACCUCGUUCAAGAUCUUUUUAUGCUUGUGACACAGAUGAUGAGGGACCAGGUCAUUUUAGCAGAAGUAAUGCUAUCAGACCAAGAGCAAGAUCACUACACCGUGAGGAUGGGAAAAGAAACACUGGUGGGACAUGUAUCUCUGCAAAGCCUCCAAUCAAAAGACCAAAAGGACACUCAAGCAGAUGGGCCAAAAAGGAUCUUACAGGAAAUAAAGGAAGUUUAAAGGGUGUACCCAUGAUGACCAUUUCUGAGGUAGAUAACUGGGAGAUAAGCUCUUCUGCCAGGAUGAAAUAUGGUCAGUAUGUAGACUGGGAAAAGAUUGAUCCAGAAGCGGCCAUCCGUUAUCGGAAGAUCCUCUUGAGUGACCAUUAUGAGCUCAAAGCAAUGGGCCGUACAGGAUUCUGGUCCAUGCCUCAUACUCUCAGAGCCAAGGCUUACCAACACAUCAUCCACAACAUCGAGAGCACAUCCACCAACACUGAUGUGGACACUUAUCAUGCCCUAGUCGGGAAGCUCUUUGGGGAAUUUCAAACAAGCACACACCCUUUCCCAAAGUUUAUGGAGGAUGGGGAAAUCCCCAGAUACUGCCUAAAUAAAGCAGGUCUUAAUUCAGUGAAAAAAAUUCUCAUCUGUAUAAAUCACCAUUUUCCUGAUGUCACCUUCUGUCCCAUCCUGUCCGCUCUGGUGUCCCUUCUCUUGCACUUCAGUGAGGAUGAAGCCCAGUGUUUUCACAGUAUGUGUUCCCUGGUGACCUACACAGACUCUAAAAAGCGUUACAUUGACCAGACUUUCCUCACUUCACGUGCUUCGUGCAUGACCUUUGGUGACCUUGCCAAUAAAUACUGCAGAGGCAUCCGGAAGCUAAUAGCCAGCUCUCACCAGAACCUGUUCGAGUUCUACUCUGACUGGAUCAUGUGGAUCUUUGCCGAUCUACCUUUUGCAUACGCUAUCAGAGUUCUGGAUGUCUAUCUAAUGGAGGGCUACAAAGUUUUAUACCGUGUAGCUCUUGCUCUACUCAGCCUUUACAAAGUCUCUGUGUCCUCACGAGUGGCCCACGUCGAUGACUUCAGACAAGACAUGAAGAGUUUUGUGGAGAACGUGGCACGGCACAGUACGAUUGACGCACUGCUUCAGAGGGCUUUUAAAAUACAGCUGCCCACACGCAACCAACUAACUUAUCUUUUCAAUGCCAACAAGCACGCACUAAUUCAUAAGGACAUCCACAAUAAGAGUUCAUAUCAAGCUAUGGAUUUCCAGAACUUCAGCUCCUCUGUAGUGACUGAAACCGAGAUGAGGGUGGUCUGGGCUUGGAUUCCAGAGCGAUUCGCUCUAUUCAAUCCUGUGCAGCUAUUCAGUACAAAUGCUCAUGGCAGAAGUCUCUCCUUGUUUUAUUCCAAAGUUGAGGGGCAUGAUCCAACCGUUUUACUCUUGAAAACUGCAGAUGAAGAGAUUUGUGGAGCUUUCUUGUCUUCUGAUUGGGCGCACAAGAGUUGUGAUGAAAAGGGUUUUAAGUUCUUUGGCACAGGAGAGUGCUUUGUUUUCACUCUACGACCAGGAAUGGAACGGUACCAGCGUACAGUGCUGCAGAUCUCUGGAAUGUCUGAGAAAAGUGAUCAAACUCUCUCCGCUAGCUCUCGAAUAAACACUCAUGUGGACAGACCCACUGCAGCCUCUCAGGACCAAAGAUACAAGUCUUCUUCCUUCUGCACAUUGUCAACAUUCAAAUUCAUGGCAGGAGAUGAUGAGACACUUUUUAUUGGUGGCGAUGGCGGCCAUGCACUCAACCUGCAGGCUGAUCUGACAGCUGGCUAUUCUGAAAGCUGCGAUACAUUUGAGAGUCCACCACUCUGCAGGAGAAGCUUCAAGAUCCAGUCUCUAGAGGUGUGGGGUAUCCAGCAUUCAUUGUCUGUUCCACCGCUGCUUUCACACUGAAGACUGUAGGAGCGCUGUGGAGGAAUGUGUCCACAUGUAUCAAAGGUCACACUGGCAAAAUGGCAUCAUGCUUUGAGACAAAACUAUGGACAUUAAAGAUUUAGUGUAGUCCAGUCAGUGAAGGAAAACUGUACAUGCACAUUGUUGCGCUACUGCAGUAUGAACAGAAAUAAAUUGUAAAUAUCAUUUAAGAUUCAAAUUUACACAAUGUUAUUUAUUUACAUUUUCAAAGACUUUUUUUUAUUGUAUGGCUUAUAUUAUUUUUCAUAUUUGUAGUCCUGUCAUUCUCUGCAUUUCUGGAAUAACUAGUUUUCAAAGACAGUAUUCAAGUCAAACAUCAGCAGUUUGUUGCAUUUUAAUAAACAUUAAAAUCUACAUUGUUGUAAAUAAAAAGAGAACUUUUACACCAAAUAGAUGCAACUGAAAUUGAAUCAUGGCUGUAGUAAAUAAAGUGGAUAUAAAAAGCAA